GUCAUGAGUGUAAUAUAAAGGCAUGCUGAUUGCUUUUCGCGCUGUCUGCCGCCUUAAGAAUCGCUCUAUAUCGCUGAAGACAGUCCGUUCCUCUCAGUCCCUCAGCUUUUCCACUACAGGAAUAAUGACAUCAAGACACAAGAAUGCAAAACGCAUCGAGGGGAUUGAUGCCAAUGUAUGGGUUGAAUUCACGAUGUUGGCCGCAGACCCCUCGGUGGUCAAUGUGGGUCAGGGAUUCCCAGACAUCUCUCCUCCUUCCUAUGUAAAAGAAGGUCUGGUGCAGGCAGUGUCGGUGGAUAAGCUGAAUCAGUACACCCGCGGCUUUGGUCACCCGUUGCUGGUUGAGGCUCUUUCUCAGGUUUACGGUAAAGUCACCGGAAGGCAAAUUAGUCCAACUAAGGACAUCCUGGUGACAGUCGGAGCAUAUGGCUCCCUCUUCAGUGCUAUCCAGGGCCUGGUGGAUGAAGGUGAUGAAGUGAUAAUAAUCGAGCCGUUCUAUGACUGUUACGAGCCUAUGGUGAAGAUGGCCGGGGCCACUCCUGUCUACAUCCCACUCCGAUAUAAGGAAAGUAGCCGAGUGAUUGCAUCGAGCGGGGACUGGACGCUAGAUCCCGAAGAACUGGCCAGCAAAUUCAGUCCCAAAACAAAAGCCAUUAUCCUGAAUACACCCAACAACCCCAUAGGAAAGGUGUACACAAAGGAGGAGCUGCAGAUUAUCGCCGACCUGUGUAUUAAACACGACAUCCUCUGUAUCAGCGACGAGGUCUAUGAAUGGCUGGUCUAUUCUGGAAGCAAACACGUAAAAAUAGCAACGCUGCCGGGUAUGUGGGACAGAACGAUAACAAUAGGAAGUGCAGGGAAGGCGUACAGUGUAACAGGAUGGAAGCUUGGAUGGUCCAUCGGCCCGGCUCAUCUCAUCAGACAUUUGCAGACCGUCCAGCAGAACAGUCUCUAUACCUGUCCUACUCCAUUACAGGAAGCCUUGGCCCACGCUCUGUUUAAGGACCUAAAGCGGAUGGACGAGCCCGAAUGUUACUUCAACGAAUUACCCCGGGAGCUGGCGGUGAAACGUGACCGCAUGGCGUGCUUACUGCAGGAGGCCGGGCUGAAGCCAGUCAUCCCACAAGGAGGAUACUUCAUGGUCGCCGAUGUCUCUGCACUAGGUGUGGAUCUAUCUGAUGUGAAGAGCGAUGAAGCUUACGAUUACAAAUUUGUAAAGUGGAUGAUAAAAACAAAGAAACUAGCCGCUAUCCCCAUUACAGCGUUCUGUGGGCCCGAAACUAGGAAGCAAUUUGAACAAUACAUCCGAUUCUGUUUUAUCAAGCAAGACAAAACGUUAGACGCAGCCGAGAAGAUCCUGAAAAACUGGAAUCAUUGAAGCCUGUAUAAAAGUACAGUGGUCCCUCAAGUUACAAUAUUAAUUGGUUCCAGGACAACCAUUGUAUGUUGAAACCAUUGUAUGUUGAGACCAGAACUCUAUGGAAACCUGGUAGUUGGUUCUAAAGGCCCAAAAUGUCAUCCAAAAAUAGGAAAAAGUGAGGAUUAAAGAAAAAUAAGUAGAAAACUAAUACAGAUAAAGCAAGUCCGCACAUAUAAAAGUAAGAAAGAGCUGCUGGGAGCUGUAAUCACUGUCUAUGUCAGUCUUUCCGAAGCAGGGAGCCUCCAGCUGUUGCAAAACUACAACUCCCAGCAUGCCCGGACAGCCAAAGGCUGUCCGGGCAUGCUGGGAGUUGUAGUUUUGCAACAGCUGGAGGAACCCUGCUUGGGAAACACUGGUCUAUGUAGAGGACAGGAGCUUCUUCUGGGUCCUGUACAGUACAUGCAAUGUCCUAAAAAAAGUAACAUGGUGUCGCCCUCACCUGGUGUCCAAACGAGCCGGGUAACCCUGGAACAGUGUACAGAACAUGUAAUACCUCCCUGUACUGUAGGGGGCGCUACCAGACACCAGUCAGUGCAUGCACUUCAGUGAUACAGGUAAAGUGUACGGAACAUGUAAUACCUCCCUGUACUGUAGGGGGCGCUACCAGAAACCAGUCAGUGCAUACACUUCAGUGAUACAGGUAAAGUGUACGGAACAUGUAAUACCUCCCUGUACUGUAGGGGGCGCUACCAGACACCAGUCAGUGCAUACACUUCAGUAAUACAGGUAAAGAGUACAGAACAUGUAAUACCUCCCUGUACUGUAGGGGGCGCUACCAGACACCAGUCAGUGCAUACACUUCAGUAAUGCAGGUAAAGAGUAUACAGAACAUGUAAUACCUCCCUGUACUGUAGGGGGUUCUACCAGACACCAGUCAGUGCAUACGCUUCAGUAAUACAGGUGUUUUACCAGUGAAAUGUCCAUUCUGAUUGGUCAGUUCUUCCAGCUAUUGAUAUGUUUUGCAGAUCUGGACUGUCUGUACAUUGUAUGUUGAAUCUGGCUUCAAGUUACAAUGGUCCAGAAAAGACCAUAUGUACGUUGAAACUAUUGUAUGUUGAGGCCAUUGUAAGUUGAGGGAUCACUGUAAUAAUAUGUAGCUUUAUUCCUUGUAUAGAAAUAUUCUGAUGACCUGUAGCACCGGUUAAGGCCUUGUUCACAUUAUAAAUCGUCUUACAAGUCAUUACACUAAGCAUUCUAAGGAGGAACAAAUGUAACAGUAAUUCAUUUCUAUUGUCUUUAAUAAAUAUAUAAAUAAAGUUAUGCCUCUUUACAGUUGUAAGGAAGAUAACCCUUUGAAAUAACCUGAAUUUCUGCAUUGAUUACUAAAAAAAGUGAUUGUUCUUCCCAGAAAUAUUGAGGAACAUCUGCGCCGAAUGGUGCAGAAUUCCUCGUCAACCAUGGUGCAUAUCUUUUUUCAGCUAAAUGAAAUGUUUGGUAGAUGCUAAAGGGGGUUGUGCAAGUUAUUAAAUUAUUGAGGAUGUUGAGUAAACAUCCACAGGGCAGGAAAAAAAAAAAAAAAAAGAACCAUUGAAUUUAAAGUGUCCCAGAGAUGUCAAAAAUUUUGAUUGGUUGGGGUCUCAGUGCCGAGACCCCCACUAAACAUUAGAAGGAACAGGGUGAAGCGCACACUUAAAGGGGUACUCCGCCCCUAGACAUCUUAUCCCCUAGACAUCGCCCCUAGACAUCGCUUUGCACGUAAUGACGGACAAUACAGGGGCCGGAGCAUCGUUACGUCACGGCUCCGCCCCUCAUGACGUC